AGUUUUUAUAACAUGGACGUAACCAGAAUAAUAAGUAGUAUUAAUCUGGAGCAAAAUUUUAGACUUUUAGUUGGUCCAACAACCCUUCAUCUGCUAUACAAGGUGUUCGGUUCUGAGUGUUAGCUAUGAGAAUCGAACUCGAUUGUAGUCGUGAACGAACUACUCGGCAUCGCGACGAGCACGGUUCAUAGCCGACACUUUGCGGCUGCGCGUGCACGCCACGCGUCCACGGACUGAUCGGUAUUUUUUAUUAAUAAUUCCAAAAUUAAACCUUAACAAGAAUUUUGGCAAAGAAGAAGAUUGUUCAGAAUCAUGCCAGCUAUCGUCUCCUGAAAGGAUACCGACCCACAGCUGAACACCUUGUAUUACCGGCUUCCAUAAACUUACUAAAUCGUCAUUAACAUUAUAUGCAUUCUUAACGAUCAGUUUAUCGUGAAAACAUAAAAGAUCGAAGGAGCAUUGGCACGCAAAGUAGGAUGUAAUAACAAUGCAUCGUCUCAAUAGUAAUCUCGGAUAACAGACACUCAGGUGUCUGCUAUCUGAAGCUACCAAACGCAUUGCGAGCGUAACAAAGAAAGAUUUUCAACCAGUUCAACGACGAGGAGGCUUUGCUGUUUUGUCAGUCAGUAAUAUUCGAACAAUUCGGUGUUAGAAUAUUCCAAAUCAGUUCUGUUCAUAGUUCCCGUAAACUGUGGACAGAUCCAUUUCUCUGAAUUGCGGUUCUCGGGAAGCAGGAUGAUCGAGAUCGACGGGAAGAAGUUACUUUAGAGGGUAAAAUGCUUUUGUAAAAAUUCUUUAGAUGUCAUUCUCUUUAAUACAUUCCCUGCCAGACGUGAAAACGAGUAAAGUUUCCUUUACUCAUUUUGCAUUUCUUAAUUUUUCGAUAAACUACAAUUCGUAACAUUUAAACUUCAAUUAGUAUUGUAUUAGCGCUUCACGAUCCGAGGGAUAAUAAAGGUGUAUAAAAGCGAAACGUGCUAAAAGAAACGAGUUUAACUUCUUGCUUUCUGUCCUGUCACCUAUACCCUUUAUCGCAUUUCCGGGCUGUAUUAUGUCUAGGGGACUCGUAUGCGAUGUAAACAAAUAUUCUGUAUCGUCAACUGUCAUCAGGCAGUUUGGUCAGCCGUCUUGUGAGAGUCAGAUACGCAUUUAUAGUCCUUAGUCGACUGAUCGCGCUUCGAAAGGAUAGUUUAAAAAAUGGUUUUUGUACCGGAGGUUGCUUCAAGUGAAACCUAAACGCGUAUUGCACCAUCGGUAAGCAGAGUGUAAGACCUUUGAGAUGCGAUAUUUAAAGUAUUAUGCUCUGUUUAUCGUCGGUGCGGUACGAGACUGGCAUCGUUUCGACCACGGACUCGAUAAUUCAUUCCUCGAAGGGUUCAAUGAUUUUCACGAUUCCCAUAUUCUAGCAUAACCAUUGCCGAGCUUUCAACAGGCAUUAUGCUACGAAUAUGCGAAUUCGUAAGUUCAACGUGAUCCUCGAAUCAUCUUCGUUCAUUAUUAGUGUAAACGAUGUUUAUAAAAAUGCGCCUGGUAGACUGACGAGUUUCUGCAUGAACCUUCUAUAUACAGAAUGUCGUCGAACUUGGGGUUAUCGUUAGAGCGAUGCAACUUCUUUUUAUUUUCUCGUACAACCAUAUCGCGACAGAAAGUGAGAACCUAGCGAGCAGUUUACAUCUUGGUGCUUGCUACACCGAUCCGUGGAUCAAUAUAAUUAAAUCCCUGAAGCAACGAAAAUUUUUCUGAAAAUGCGCGUGGCAAUAAUUGGUGCUGGCGUAAUUGGGAUGACGAGCGCUUUAGCGGUGAAGAACUCUUUUCCAUUGUUCGAGGUCCACUUAUUCGCCAACGAAUUUUCACCUGACACCACCGGCGACGGAAGUGCCGGACUUUGGAGUCCAUACCUCCUUGGAAACACCCCUCCUGAGAGAAUACUAAAAUGGGGAGGAGCUACUCUCCGGUGGUUGGAAAAAUUAUGGAAAGAGGGUUUGGCCCGUGAAGCUGGAAUCUCCCUGAUACCUGUUUAUCGUUGUACCAGCGAUCCCAAAGGAUUUGCCGAUUCUAGCUGGACGAAAUUGGUAUACGGUGCGCACCGAUUGACAGCCAAACAGUUGAAGAGAUUAAACGAGGAAAACAAGUCGAAUUACAAAGACUGUUGGAUGUUCUCGACCUACACGAGCGAGCCUGUUCUUUUGUUACCUUGGCUGAGGGAAGAAUUUUUGAAAGCUGGUGGAAAGGUUCGAAGAAGUAAAAUUCAUAGGUUCGACGAGCUGAUCAACGAUGGAUACGAUUUGAUAAUAAAUUGUAGCGGUCUCGGUGCGCGCGAACUCGUUGGAGAUAACACGGUUACACCUAUCAGGGGGCAAGUUGCCAGAGUGUCUGCUUCUUGGGCGAUGCACGUAUACUUGGAGGACGGCGACGAUGGAAAUUAUAUAAUACCAAACUUUAAUAGUACGGUGAUUGGUGGUACGCAUCAAGAAAAUGAUUUCGACUGUACACCACGAGAGGAAGACUUUAAAUUCAUUCACAAUGGAUGUUGUCGAAUUGUUCCUGCUCUACAGAAAUGUACAGUGAUAAAACAGUGGGUUGGUCUUCGACCAGGAAGACCGGAAGUUCGCCUGGAACCAGAAGUCUAUAAAUCGUCGACAGGCAAAGAAAUCACGGUGUUACACAAUUAUGGACACGGAGGAAGCGGUGUAACUUUGAGUUGGGGUUGCGCUUUGGAUGUCGUGGAUAUUAUACGAAACUUGAAAGGAUUAAAAUCGCAUUUGUAAUACUUGAGAUACACAGAAGAAGAAUAUUAUUAUGCUGUAUAAUUAAUAAAAUAAUAAUUGAAACCUCGUGCAUACAUUUUCGAGUGUAUUU